GACCCAAAAACCGAAUAAGGCAAGAAAUAAGGGGAGGAAAUCAAAAUUUCCCAAACUUUUAAGUACGAAUUUGCGAAACCCCAGCGCCAGCUAGAGAGAGAGAGAGAGUAGAGAGAGAGUGAGAGAGAGAGUCCAAAAGAGGAAGCAGUGAACCUCACCACUGCCUGCGUCAGUCAAUUACACUCCAUCACGAAGAAGAAGCAGCUCAAUCCAAUUGCUUUGAUGAGGAAUCGCAGUAUAUUCUGCUGAAUUCGAAAAAAGGAAUUCGAUUUGCGCGGUAAAAAAAAGGGGUUUUUUUUGUGGGAGGGGGUUUGAAUCUGGAGUGAUGUCAGACCUAGACCGGCAGAUAGAGCAGCUGAAGAGAUGCGAACCGCUCAAGGAAUCCGAGGUGAAGAAUCUGUGCCUCAAAGCCAUGGAAAUCCUCGUCGAAGAGAGUAAUGUUCAGCGCGUCGAUGCUCCAGUCACCAUAUGUGGUGACAUACAUGGGCAGUUCUAUGACAUGAAAGAGCUUUUUAAAGUAGGAGGUGAUUGCCCGAAGACAAAUUACUUAUUCCUCGGAGAUUUUGUUGAUCGGGGAUUUUACUCCGUUGAGACAUUCCUGCUUUUACUUGCCCUGAAGGUAAGGUAUCCUGACAGGAUAACUCUCAUCAGGGGAAACCAUGAGAGCCGACAGAUAACACAGGUUUAUGGUUUCUAUGACGAGUGCCUACGGAAAUAUGGUUCUAUCAACGUUUGGAGAUAUUGCACAGAAAUUUUUGAUUACCUAAGCCUGUCCGCACUCAUCGAGAACAAAAUAUUUUGCGUUCAUGGCGGUUUAUCUCCUGCAAUUUCCACGCUAGACCAGAUUCGGACAAUCGAUCGAAAGCAAGAAGUUCCUCACGAUGGUGCAAUGUGUGAUCUGCUAUGGUCGGAUCCAGAAGACAUUGUUGAUGGGUGGGGUCUUAGUCCACGUGGCGCAGGGUUCUUAUUUGGCGGCAGUGUCGUCACUACAUUUAACCAUUCGAACAAUAUCGACUACAUAUGCCGUGCCCAUCAGCUGGUAAUGGAAGGUUACAAGUGGAUGUUUAACGAACAGAUAGUUACAGUCUGGUCCGCUCCAAAUUACUGUUACAGAUGUGGGAAUGUAGCUGCGAUUCUCGAGCUAAAUGAGAAUCUUGAAAAGCAGUUUCGUGUAUUUGAAGCAGCACCGCAGGAACAGAGAGGAGCACCGAUGAGGAAGCCACCUCCAGAUUACUUUUUAUAGGAAAAACUUUACGGGAUAUAUAGUGAUUAGAAUUCUUGUUAAAAAAUUGAGCAAAUCUCAUAAUCAUACUGUGAAAUUGUGAAUGCUCUCUCCGAUAUGGUUAGACAAAGAAAGAAGAAGAUUGUGGCUUGAACUGCAUUGGUUUAAACUUUGAUGGUUUUGGUGGUUGCGUUCGUAACACAUUUUGAUUCUUUUGUAUGUUGUUUAUGUUUGUGUUGACGGUGUGUGUUAAUUGCGGAUGCACUCUUUCCUGUAUACGAAUGAGCAAAAUCUUGUCGUUGAGUUGUACCACUUAUAUUUUUGCGAUGA